CGUGACGAGAACCAACGUACACGAUCUGACGGCAGUACGCGAUUUGCGCAUGUCUUUUUAUUUCAGUUGGAUUUUGGUAGUAGUAUAAGGAAGACGUUUUGGACCAUAUUUUACGACAAAAAAUUUGACGUCUAACUUGGAAUUGCAUAUUGUGAUUUAAACAUGUCUGAUACGCAAUAUAGCAGUUACAGUGGAACCCAAUCUGGGUAUAGUAAUUAUGGAAAUUAUAGCUCUGAUUCCAGUUAUCCCCAAAGUGGUUAUCCUCAAACAAAUGUAGGAUAUUCAGCAACUGGUUGGAGUGGCAAUGCUUCAACAGGAAGCAAUUAUAGUGGCUAUGGACAAGAUCAAUAUAAUCAAUCUACUCCAUCUUAUAAUUAUGGACAACAACAGCAGCAACAACAACCACCACCACCACCACAGCAACAGAGUCCUACUUAUAAUCAAGGUCAGUCUGGUUCCUAUUCCAGUUAUGGUGGUCAAGGCAAUGCAUACACACCCAACACAAGCAGUUACAGUCAGCCUCCUUCCCAAGGAAGUUAUUCUCAACCUGGUAGUUAUGGAUCAUCAACAGCACCUCAAAAUCAACAGUCUUAUGGUGGAAAUUCUUACAGUUCUUAUGGAAAUACAUCUACGAAUAAUUAUGGAUCAUCUUAUGGAAGUCAACCACCUCCACAAUCACAACCUCCACCUUCAGGGAGUUAUGGUUCAGCUCCUCCCCCAGCCAAUGCCCCACCACCUGGCCCUGCUCCACCACCAGCUCAAGCUCCCCCUCCUCAUAGUAUGCAACCACCUCCUCAGAAUUAUGGCAGUCAUGCUCCACCAGGACAAGAUUAUACAAGACCUCCAUCGUAUCCAUCUGGUCCUGACCAAGGUGGUGCACCUGCACCAGCUCCAUCAUAUCAAGGCCCAUCAACAACACAGGGAAUGGGUGGUGGUGGCUAUGGAGGACCUCCAGGAGAAUAUGGUGGUUCAGGACGAGGAAAUUUCUCAGGCCAAGGUGGAUCUGGUAAUUAUGGUGAUCAUGGUAGAGGAGGAUAUGGGUAUCAUACAUCUGGAGCAAUGAAUAAAAAAGGAAAAAAUUCUAAAAGAGGAAGAGGGAAUUACCAUUCAAAUGGUGGUAGUGGAUAUGACGGUGGAGAAGAAAUACAAGAUACUAUAUUUGUUUCUGGUUUACCUGAGGAAGUGAGUGAACAGCAAUUAUCAGAAUUCUUUGGGUCUAUUGGUGUUAUAAAGAAUGAUAAGAGAACAGGGAAGCAAAAAAUAUGGAUUUAUAAAGAUAAAAUUACUGGAAAAGGAAAAGGUGAAGCAACAGUCACUUAUGAUGAUCCACCUACAGCAACUUCUGCUAUUAGCUGGUUUAAUGACGGUGGAGAAGAAAUACAAGAUACUAUAUUUGUUUCUGGUUUACCUGAGGAAGUGAGUGAACAGCAAUUAUCAGAAUUCUUUGGGUCUAUUGGUGUUAUAAAGAAUGAUAAGAGAACAGGGAAGCAAAAAAUAUGGAUUUAUAAAGAUAAAAUUACUGGAAAAGGAAAAGGUGAAGCAACAGUCACUUAUGAUGAUCCACCUACAGCAACUUCUGCUAUUAGCUGGUUUAAUGGAAAAGAUUUUCAAGGAAAGAACAUCACUGUUCAAUUGGCACAACGUAAAGCUCAGAACUUUGGUAUGGGAGGAGGAGGUGGUGGUGGUGGAGGAGGAGGAAGAGGUGGAGGAAUGAGAGGAGGACGUGGUCGAGGAGGAGGCGGAGGUGGUGGUGGCGGAAGUGGUGGAAGUGGAGGUGGUAGUGGUGGAGGAGGAGGAGGAAAUAUGUCUGGUAGAGAUGGUGACUGGAAAUGUCCACAUCCUAAUUGUGGUAACACUAACUUUUCCUGGAGAAUGUCUUGUAAUCGUUGUCAAGCACCACGUGAUGGAAACGCUGGUGGAAUGGAAUCUGGGGAACGUGGUUCAAGAGGAGGACAUAGAGGAGGGAUGAGAGGUGAAGGUGGUCGUGGAGGCAGAGGUGGAAGAGGUCGUGGUGGUCAGAUGGGUGGAAGAGGAUUUGGUAGAGGAGGAGGUCGUGGAGGUGGCCCAAUGCGAGGUGGUGGUGGAGGUGGUCCAGGUGGAGAACGACGACCUCGUCCAUAUUAAAUUUUGAAACUGGCAUAUAUGUUGAUGUGUAAAGUCAUUUUUGUAAUUCAGUGUAUUAAUUCAUCAUUAGUUAACAUCAGAAGAAAUUUGCCUCCACUUGUCACGUAUUCAUUUAUAUAAGAAAUUAUUGUCUUUUAUUUUUGUCCUGGACUAUUGACAUGAUUAAACACUGUAGUCUGUAUUAUAGUCUUAAUGUGGUAUUUUAAAGAAAAUAUAAAUUCUUUUUUAAUUCACGUUAA